AGAUGUCUACGGGGAUAGCAGACGAAGUUUGAAAAAUGGCGAACGUCUUGUUUAGGAUAAUUUCGAGCGAGUUGAUAGCUACUAAAAGUCAACAGAUACGUUAUGGGCACAGAGUGCGAGGAAAACCGCCUGGAAUUGCAAGGACUUUGGAACAACGAUUGGCAGAACUCAAACCAUACAACCCUGCGCUACAAUUUAAAGUAGACAUUGGAUUACCGGCUGUUCAGAAAUCCAAACGCGCUAUUCUUGCUCAGCAGCUCGAACAUCGCAAGAAAAUUCAGUCGGAUCCCAACCUGGAACGACUGGCACGACACAAGGAGCUUAGAAUUGAUUUAGAUGAGACCGAAAAGAUAUGGCAGGAGACUUCCGGGGCUUAUGAUUGUCGUAAAAUUGCCGAACACUACAACAUCUUCCAAGACCUUUAUGGAGACGCUUAUUUCACUCCUAGAGUUCCACUGAACAUUAGUUACACCAUUAAUGAUGAUGGAGAUCUCGCAAAGGCUUUCAGGGGAAACAUUCUCAAGCCUCUUGAAACUAGCAAACCACCUGAAGUUGCCUAUGAGUCCGACCCAAACACCUUGUGGACGCUGCUGCUGACUUGUCCAGAUGGAAACUUGGUUGAGGAGAACAGCGAAUAUUGCCAUUGGUUUAUUGGUAAUAUUCCUGGAUCUGAUGUGGAGAAAGGCGAGAUGUUAAUGGAUUACCUAAAGCCCAUUCCACUAGGCGGAACUGGCUAUCAUAGAUACAUUUUCAUUCUUUAUAAGCAAGAUAAGAAACUUGAUUUUUCAGCUUUCAGGAAGGAGCAGCCGUGCCUUGACUUGAAGGAACGUAACUGGAACACUUACAACUUCUACAAAGAUCAUCAGGACUUUUUAACGCCUGCUGGGCUCUCCUUCUUCCAAGCUGACUGGGAUUCAUCUGUCAAAGACUUUUUCCACAAUACUCUUGGUACAGAGGAACCGACAUUUGAGUACAACUUCCCACAACCUCAUAUUGCAAAACAGAGGUGGUUCCCUCUGAGAAUGCCGUUCAAUCUGUACAUGGACAAGUACCGAGAUCCAAAACAAAUUCACAAGGAAUAUUUGUUGAAAAAAUUGAAAAAAACUCAUCCAUUCAAGGAGCCAGAAGCACCUCUGCGCUAUCCUAAUGCUCAAUACAUUGACCGUAGUGUUCCUUCCUGGUUGAAGCUUGAAAUAAGAAAAGAACGUCUGGGCUGGGGGCGCAUCAAUGAUGUUUAAUUUUUUCAACAUCAUAGGCAUUAACAUUACAUAAUGUAUUAAUAUUACCUUUUUUUCAACUGUAAAACAUCAUAAAGGUUUAUACUUUAGCAGUU